AUGGCGGUGUUGGUGGAGCGUCGUCUCCGCGCGAUGGAGGACUACUUCGUGCAGAGCCUGCGCCAGUCGUAUGAGUUCCACCAGCCGCUGCGCGUCCGCAACGCAGAGGACAUGGGCGCCUUCCAGAACGACGUCGUUGAUGCGGCGUCGUCGGCGCUGGCGGCGAAGCUGCUCGACGCAAACGGGGCGCAGUUGCCGGCGUGGUUGCAAGAGGCCCUCACGCCGCACGUGUCGGAGGUCGAGGAGGAGCUGCGCGCCGCCGCAGACCGAGAAGCGGCGGCAGCGGCAGCAGCAGCAGAAUCAACAAAAGAAGAAUCAGGGGAAAUGGAGGAGGAGGUGGAGGAGAACGAUGACAUGGAUGAUGGCGAUGGUGAAGUGGAUGAGGAUGGGGAGGAGGAGG